GGUGUCAGUACACGUGCGCAGUGCCGGAGCUGGAGGGCGGGAAGAGAGGGAGCUCGCUGUCAGCCGGGCCGGGCACCCAGACAAGAGACAACUGCUGAUUCACCUCACAACCAAAUAACACCCCCAGCUUCCCCGAGCCGACUGAACAGUGAAGGCAGCUCGAGGCUUCGAGGAGGGCUUUUUUAAACGCCUGCGUUUGUGUUUUUAUUUUACCUUUUUUUCUUCUUCAACAUCCUCAUUCUAUGUGUCUUCCCUCCUCCUCUGGCGAAAGUACAAAUGAAGAAAUUCUUACUUUGUGCGUCGCUUCGUUGGGUUUGGAAUUACAAAACGCGACGAUAUUGUUGAAAUAAUUGAACUACCCGACACACUGGUGAAAAUGUGGUCACGUCGUUUCGCGGGGAGCGGGUUAGCACCUGAAGCGAGACCUCCCUAUUUACAAUAAAGGAGUUACUGGGGGGUGGGGGGGGGAUGUUUCAAGGCAGGGAAAAAAGAGCCGGCCACUAAAGUGUGUUUUACGCCUCUUCCUGAAGAUAUUCGAUUAUCAGGAUGUGAAACACUGAAUACUGUUUAAAAAGAAAUAUCUGUGGACACAAACAUAACACGAUGCGGCUUUAGAAUACCAAAGACAAGGCUUUGAAAUGGCAUGAACUAUGGCUCAGCUGUACUACAAAAGAAGUGAUAAUGCACCGUACAGAGACCGAAUUUCUCUCCGAAUUGUCAGAGCAGAAUCUGAACUCUCUCCUGCAGAAAAGGCUUACCUGAAUGCUGUUGAGAAAGGUGAUUAUGCAAGUGUCAAACAAGCUCUUGAAGAAGCUGAGAUUUAUUUUAAAAUCAACAUCAACUGUAUUGACCCUCUGGGACGGACUGCACUUCUCAUAGGCAUUGAGAACGAGAACUUGGAAAUUAUUGAACUUCUCCUGAGUUUCAAUGUAUAUGUAGGAGAUGCUCUUCUCCAUGCCAUCAGGAAGGAGGUUGUUGGAGCUGUUGAACUACUAUUAAAUCAUAAGAAACCCAGUGGAGAAAAGCAAGUUCCACCAAUACUACUGGAUAAACAAUUUUCAGAAUUUACGCCAGAUAUCACACCUAUAAUUCUUGCAGCACACACCAACAAUUAUGAGAUCAUAAAACUUCUUGUGCAGAGGGGAGUCUCUAUACCACAGCCUCAUGAAGUUCGUUGCAACUGUGUUGAAUGUGUUUCCAGUUCAGAUGUUGACAGCCUACGUCAUUCUCGAUCAAGAUUGAAUAUAUACAAAGCCUUAGCAAGCCCAUCUUUAAUUGCUUUGUCCAGUGAAGACCCCUUUCUUACUGCAUUUCAUUUGGGCUGGGAGCUUCAGGAACUAAGUAAAGUGGAAAAUGAAUUUAAAUCGGAAUAUGAGGAAUUAUCACAUCAGUGUGAAACAUUUGCAAAAGAUUUAUUGGACCAGACAAGGAGCUCUCGGGAAUUAGAAAUAAUACUUAAUUAUAGGGAUGAUAACAGCAUUCUGGAAGUGCAGACUGCUAAUGAUCUUUCCAGGCUAAAGUUGGCAAUUAAGUAUCAUCAGAAAGAGUUUGUCGCCCAGCCGAACUGUCAGCAGCUCCUUGCUUCCCGCUGGUACGAUGAAUUUCCUGGCUGGCGACGGCGACAUUGGAUCGUUAAAUUCCUGACCUGCAUUGGCAUCGGACUGCUAUUUCCAAUCUUUUCUGUGUGCUACUUGAUAGCACCAAAAAGCACAUUAGGCCUUUUUAUUAGAAAACCAUUUAUUAAGUUCAUCUGUCAUACUGCAUCGUACUUGACUUUUCUUUUCCUGCUGUUGUUGGCAUCUCAACACAUUGAUCGCACAGAUUUAAACAUGCAGGGUCCUCCACCAACCAUAGUUGAAUGGAUGAUACUUCCCUGGGUGCUAGGUUUCAUUUGGGGUGAAGUAAAACAAAUGUGGGAUGGUGGACUUCAGGACUAUAUACACGACUGGUGGAACCUUAUGGAUUUUGUAAUGAAUUCUUUAUACCUAGCAACAAUUUCUCUGAAAAUUGUUGCCUUUGUUAAGUACAGUGGUUCACGUCAACGGCAGGACUGGGAAAUGUGGCAUCCCACCCUAGUUGCUGAAGCAUUAUUUGCUAUUGCAAACAUCUUCAGUUCUCUUCGCCUAAUUUCACUUUUCACUGCUAAUUCUCAUCUGGGACCUCUCCAAAUAUCUCUUGGACGUAUGCUGUUGGAUAUUCUGAAGUUUUUAUUCAUAUACUGUCUGGUGCUACUAGCUUUUGCAAAUGGUCUGAAUCAAUUAUACUUUUACUAUGAGACAAAUGCUACAGAGGAACCAAAUAAUUGCAAAGGGAUAAGGUGUGAAAAACAGAACAAUGCCUUUUCAACGCUAUUUGAAACUCUUCAGUCACUGUUUUGGUCAAUAUUUGGUCUUAUUAACCUAUAUGUGACAAAUGUGAAGGCUCGUCAUGAAUUCACGGAGUUUGUAGGUGCCACUAUGUUUGGAACGUACAAUAUUAUCUCGCUUGUCGUUUUGCUCAAUAUGCUGAUAGCUAUGAUGAACAAUUCCUACCAACUUAUUGCGGACCAUGCAGAUAUUGAGUGGAAAUUUGCAAGGACAAAGCUGUGGAUGAGCUAUUUUGAAGAAGGUGGAACUCUUCCAACUCCUUUUAACAUUAUUCCAAGUCCAAAGUCUGUGUGGUAUUUAAUAAAAUGGAUGCAAAGGCAUUUAUGCUUUAAAAUUCUCUGCAAACAAAAGCGAAAGAAACCUGAAAGUCUUGGCUCUCUCGGGAGGAGGGCAGCUAACAAUCUGAGGCGAAAUCAUCAGUACCAAGAAGUUAUAAGGAAUUUGGUCAAAAGGUAUGUUGCUGCAAUGAUCAGAGAUGGCAAAACUGAAGAAGGGCUGACUGAAGAGAAUUUCAAGGAGCUGAAACAGGAUAUUUCUAGUUUCCGCUAUGAGGUUUUGGGUCUUCUAAAAGGAAACAAGUUUCCUGGUAAACAGGCCACUGCCUUCAGCACAGCCUCUCGGAUUUCAGAUCCAAAUGAAGUUUUUAAGGUAGAAGAUCGAACAGCUGCCCACAUGACUGUGUCAACGAAGAAAAUAACAUGUGCAAAUGAACAGAAGAACAAGCUAAGUUUCUAUGAUUUGACAUCUUUAGUUUGUCCGAAGACAAUGGCGAAAUUGUCAGAUACUCCGGCAGCAUGUAACAACUUGAGCAAUGGGUCCAUGCCAAAAGCAACUGAUACAUCCAAGGAAAAGCAAAACAAUAAAAGUGUUGUUAAAGACUCAAUCAAAAAUUUGGGAUUCUUUCGAAAAAGAACAAAAACAUACAAUGCAGAGCAGAACAGCAAUAGGAUUUACACAGUUUCUGAGGAAAUUACCCAAGAGGAAGGCCUUUUCAGAAACAAAGAAAGUGACUAUGAGGGUAAGAGAGACUUGGACCAAAUGGUAGUGAGUGAGACUGACUCAGACAUAAAAGACCUAAAAGUGAGUAGCACAUGGAAGCCAGAAACAGAAGAAAAGAUGCAUAUGCCUUUGCAAAAACAGCCUCCAGAUGGCAACACCAGUGCUCACUCAUUCGAAACAACAGAGGAUACUCUGUCAAAUGGUUCAGGGAAUGAAGACAGUGCAAAUCAAUGGACUGUGACACAGGGUGAUUAUGUGACAACUAGAUUAUAAUAGUAUUUAUUUUGCAGAUUGCUUUUAAGAAUAAUAAUAAAGGAAUUAUAUUGAGAAGACAUGGUAAACCCUCAUAUUAGCAAUGCUUGUUUCUUUAAGUUAUUGAUUAUUUUAUCAAUGCUCCUGUGUGAGUCUGGAAGACUCUGGAACAAUGUAAUUGACAAUCUCUAAUUUAUAUGGGUAGAAAUCAGGGAGGAACAGUUGAUAUUUCCUAAGAAAUAUUGCAGCCAUUGAAAGUGGAAGACAAACUGCUAGCUGUAGUACCCAAUAUUUUAGCCUUGUUUCCAUUGCUAAGCUUGACAUAAAAUUCAACAUAAAAUUCUGCCAAUUAUUUUUCAGGUAAUGCAUAUACACCACUUGUAAGUAUGUAGCUGGAGACAAUACUAGAAGUGUUGAUGUUGUUUCUAAGUUUUUGGACAUGAUUUGGCUCUAGCACCAAAUCAGGAGCACAAUGCAAAUGUGCAGCAUCGGAUUUGCUAACAUCAUUAGCUAAAUGUCAUUGUAUAGAACUAAGCACAAACAUUUACUUAAAUAUGUCAUUGUAGUAUGACCAGUAGACCACUCAGCUCCUCAGGCCUAUUCUGCCAUUCAGUUAGAUCAUUGAUGAUUUAUACCUCAGCUAUAUUUGCCCCUUUGCUACAAACUUCCUGUUUCCUUGAGCUAAUAAAAACUGAUCUUUCCCAGCCUGAUGUCACCAGUCGUCCCAACAUCUGCAGCAGAUUUGAAGAGCUCCAAAUAUCCCCCAGCCCUCUGAGUAAAUUGCUUCUCAAUUGCACUGCUAAACGGCUUAACUCUCAUUUUCAGAUUAUGUUCUUUAUUUCCCAUAUUAAGGGGUUAAAAUAUACAUAAGUAGCCUGUCAAAUUAUUGUAACAUUUUCACCACCUCAUUGAGAUCACACACUUAAUCCGUAUUGAAGUACCUAAAUGCCAAAUUUCUGCAACAUUUCCUUUUGGCUUGAGCUUCCAACAAUGUUAGUUUUUUAAACAUAAUGAAGAUUGAUUUUGAAUCUGGUACUAUAUUAUGUUCCACAACAGCAGGUUACUAAAAUGUUAUAGUAAAGGAUUCAGGUCUUAAAUUGAAAUUGUAGCAGAAAUAUUUGGGGAUGCAGAGCAAGCAAAGAAGCAGUGACUUGGAUCUUGAUCUGUUUCAAUCAGAUUCCUGCUUCUUUGUGGGGAGGCAAUGGCCCAGUGGUAUUAUUGCUAGACUGUUAAUAUGGAGACCCUGGGUUCAAAUCAUGCCAUGGCAGAUGGUGGAAUUUGAAUUCAAUAAAUAUCUGGAAUUAAGAGUCUAAUGAUGAUCAUGAAUCCAUUGCCAAUGGUCGGGAAAAACCCAUCUGGUUCACUAAUGUCCUUUAGGGAAGUAAACUGCCAUCCUUACCUCAUCUGGCCAACAUGUAACUCCAAGCCCACAGUAAUGUGGUUGACUCUGAACUGCUCUCUGGGCAAUUAGGGAUGGGCAAUAAAUGUUGCCCCUGUCAGCAACACCCUCAUCCCAUGAAUGAAUGAUAUGUCCAUAAAGACAACAAUUUCUGUUGGUGAUGAGGGCAUGUUCCCCAACUCAAUAUCCUUCAUACCAUCACUGUUGAAGUAUGGUCAGCAUACUUUCUGUACAAGGUCCCACAGUGUCAUAUUCAAAUAGAGAUCAAUAUGCAAAAUAAUUCCUACUGCAGUUAUUGGUGUAAGUGCCUAUUCCAUCAAUAAAAUACUUUUCUCUCUGCAAUUUGGCAGCAUUAAUGUAAAUACAAAUAGGCAGAAGCCCUACCCUGUCCACAACAGUUCCAGCUAAAAUGUUGACAUACUUAAAAAUUCUUAAUCUAUUGUGUAUAAUUCCUAGCCCAAACUUUGACAACAUGAAUACUGUGUUUAAAUACCAGCAUUAACGUUUUAGGUGCAUAAGAAAUACACCUUCGAAGGUGCAUUAUAAAUUACUUUAUUUGCAUUAUAAAUGUUUGGUUGGAGGUAAGAUUAGAAAAUUAAAUAAUUAUUUACUUUCCCCAGUUACCACAUGCAUUAACCCUACUUGCCGCCUUCAAUCACUUGUUCCAUUAAUUUCUUGAAUUUGCUUGAAGUUAUUUCAGGAGGAAUGAAUUUUCCUCUACAAGAUAGGUCUUCCUGCUGACUUCACAUAAGUUGGAGAAUCUUGGCAAUUCAGAAAUGGCAGUAGUCAUGGCUAAAUCUUAGUCAAAAUUGGAGUGAAACUCCAUAUUGGGCAUCUUGAUAUAUGUCCAGUUCACAAAUACUGGAGUCACUGGACAAUCAAAUAUAUUUGGUAUAUCCUCAGUAUUCACUCUGGAUUCCCUGAAGUCUAACAGCAUCAAAUAAAAUUUAUGUAAGGAAGUCUGCUAUUUGUCAUCUACCACCUUCCUUCCACUGAUGAAUUAGUAAUUUUAUGUUUUGAAAAUCACUUGGAAGAAGCACUGUUUAUAGCAAGGACAUAGAAUAUGCUCUGGAUGAGAAACUUUAAUGUCAAACAAAAGUGACACAUUGACUUAACUAUUGAAUAAACUGUGAGAGUCCCAAAGAACAUAGCUUCACCGUAAAUUGCUCCAUUAGUGAGUUCUGAAAUACUGAUUCAUUAAAGUACUAGUGCAGGUUAAAUUAUUAUUCAUGUCCACGUACAUACAGAUCUGUACCACUGUCUUAUAAUCUGCAAUAGCUUAGUAUAAAUUUUAAAAUGUUGUCCACAUUCUAACAAUGAAUAAUUUUGAGUAGUACCCAGGAAACCAAUCAAAGAAAAACUCUGCGUGUCAUUCCAAAACAGUUCCUUUAACCAUUAAACAAAUACCCAGGAAAAUAUCUCAAAUCUGCAUAAUAUAUCAUAGCCCUAAAAUAGGGCUCAUCACCUGGAAAUUUCAUGGGAAUUUUUUUGAUGAUCCAUAAUGCUGGCAGGAGAACAGUGAGCUCCUGCACAAAUUCCACUGAAUAUAUACAUUUGGUCAUUAAUAAAAUAACUGCGGGAGGUCAAGAUUUAUAAUAUUAGCACACUGUGCAUUCAUUUUUAAUUAACGAAUUGUUCUAUACUUGAUAAAUUUUGGCAGUUUCAGCUUGGAGAGGCCUUAGGUUUUACUGAAAUAAUGAAGCAGGAGUUAGAAUUUAGUAAAAGGUGUCUUAAAUGUUACUGAUGUAAAUUGGAAAUGAGAUACAGUACUAAAGUUAGCACUAAUUUUAUCACAGUUUAAUGUAAUUUGGUAGAAUUUAUGUUUCAAUACUUGCGAUCCUCACUUGAAUUGUAUUUUUUUAAAGCUGUUAAUCUAAGUUCCGUCAAAGGUGCUGGUAUUUAACGAGAAACCUAAACCAUCUAAAUCAGUGCUCAACUGUCAUGUAUAAUUAUUGUACUGCUGUUGGCUAAAAACACACUUUCUAAUUUCUGCCUCAGUAUUACAAUAUAUAAUUUAAUGUAAUUUAUGAUCAGCAGCUGAGCUGCAAAAUUUACUGUGGCAAUCUCAUCUUAACUUUGUGAUUUAAUGUUUUAUCCUUAAAACUAGGUAACUGAAGUACCAAGAGUUGAAUCAUGUUCAUUCAUGAGCAGUGCAGAACUUAAUACCAUGGCUCUGAAGUUGACCAAUAAAGUAAACAGGGAAUAAAUGUUAACACAGUCAUUUAAUGUUCCUGUCUUCAGAACCUGAAUAGAUACAUUAACCACUCUAAAAUAAAUGGACUAACUACUUACAUACUCCCUGGUAGUUAAAAAAAAACAAUACAAUGCACUUUUGCAUCUGGCUAAGAUUAAACCUGCAUUGCUCUGGUCAUCAAUUUCUAUAAUAUGAACAUUAAGUGCAUGCUCUACUGAACUUAAAAUGCAUUCUGCACACCAAAGCCAAGUGGAUUCUUCUGUCAAAUACAGUAAAUGAUAACAGCUGUCAGCCCUUUGGCACUUGCCACAAGGUCUGCAUUCUCUCUUUUAUCAACAAGUAAAAGUGCCUUAAAUUCUACCCUCUGUUGUGCACCUUGCUGUAAGAUUCCAACUUGACAUUUGUUGUAAGCAUUAAGGACUUUUCAAACUGUAAAUGUAAUGAUAAUGUUGGCUCAGUGUUUGAUUCCAUUUAAUAAGAGAUUGCAUUUUCUUAUUCCCUACAUCACUCUUGCUAAUGUUGCCUGUCUACCACUACUUUACAUGCAUCAAUUUGUUGGUUCAAUAAUAUACAUAACUUUUUAUUAGAUUUUGACCAAACCACAUUAGUGACUAUUAUUCAUCACACAGGUUUCUAAUAAAAAUCAGCAUGUUGUGAACUUUCUGUAUAUUGUAUUAAAAAAAGAUGACAUUUAUACAGCACUUUACCACAUCUCUCAAAAUUAUCCCAAAA